ACAUUGCAAUAAUUAUCUUCUGUUCCGCAGAAGUUUCCAUCUUAUCAAUCAGUUCUCCAUCAAAGGGAAAAGCGGGGAGACUUUGGACAUCUACAGCCUGAUUCAGUCAAUCUCCGGGUAUCCCGCCAUCUCUUCAAGUCUAGCAUCCUGGCGCUUGGGCUGAAUAAUGCAAUUGAGGCUGUUUAACAGCGCACAAUACUCACCAAGAAGUGAAGUUACUUACUGACCGAAAUCAUGGAUCAAAUCAAUGCAUUUCAAAUACACUCCGCAGACACAGAAACACCACCAAUGUCACCGCCUCGACGACGCAGACCAGCUCUAUCUUGCACUUUAUGUCGUCGUCGCAAGCUCAAGUGCGACCGGGGCUUACCAUGUGGCCAAUGCGUCAAGUCCAAAGCCUCUGAGUCAUGUGAAUAUGCCGGGUUUCAGAAAGGCCAAGUAUCAAACACCAGGCGUCUGGGUAGCACUCCCCCACCAUUUGUGCAGCCUUCCGGCAAUCACCUCACUCCAUCCCAAAGCGGGGUAUACGUGUUUGAUGCGAAGCAUAAGCAAACGUCGAACCGUAUUACCAAGCCGCCAUCCCGAGUAGAGGAAGUGCACGAACUGCGGAGUAGAGUGCAGGCUUUGGAAAAUGCUUUGUCUCGGCCAGGAGCAGCGAUGCAUACUCCGGAGACCUUGGGGUAUGACAGCUUUUCUGAGGGCGGAAGAAGGGCUAUGUUGGAUUCCCAAAAUCUGACCGAAGAGGUUGAGUCCUUACCAAGUGGAUGCUUCCGGGGUAAGAAAAGCAAGUCCCGACACUGUGGGCGUUCUCACUGGGCAGUGUCAGUAUCAUUUUUCAAAGAUAUUGGGAUCUUUAUGAGGGGGCUAGACAAAGGGAAGUCAAAACCCAAGGACUCUGAUUAUACAUCUAUGAGGAAAUUCAAAAAGGAAGUAUGGAAUCGAGAAAGAGAGGAGCACCAACGAGCCUAUCGAGAUCAGGCCUUUAAGCUAGAAGAGAUGAUUCCAUCUAAGGAAAUAGCAGAUGAGCUCCUCGAACUUUAUCUGACAACAUUUGAGACUACAUAUCGUAUCUUGCAUGUCCCGACUUUUCUUCGGCAAUACGAGUUACACUGGUCAGGGUCGCAACCGACAGAUAUGGUAUUUAUCGCAAAGCUUCUGGUUUUAAUGGCUGCAAGCAGUUGUUUCUAUAGCCAAAAUACCAGAAUUAACGAGCGCAGUACUCUCCAAAGGGCGGCAGUUGGGUGGACCAUGACAGUUCAAUCAUGGAUGUCCUCCGUUUUUGUCAGCUCAAACAUUAAUUUGGACAUGCUACAGAUCCAGUGCCUUCUGCUGAUUGCUCGUCAGGCCAAUGCAACGGGUGGGAAUUUGGUGUGGAUUUCUUCUGGAUCCUUGGUUCGCGCUGCCAUGAUCAUGGGACUGCAUCGGGACCCGUCCCGCUUUUCCAGGAUGUCCAAGUUCUGGGCAGAGAUGCGGCGCAGGCUAUGGGCCACUAUAAUAGAGCUAGAUGUGCAGUCAUCUCUGGAUGGAGGCAUGCUGCCAUCGAUUGACUUGAACGAAUGCGACUGCGGCCCACCAUCAAACUGGGACGACGCGGAUCUAACGGAAGAUAUGGUGGAAGAUCCAGUCCCGAAAACACUGGACACAUUGGCACGGAACAAUGUACAGGGAUUAUUAUCCAAUUCGUUGCCAACACGAAUUCGGAUAGCCAAGUUGACUAACAGCCUGAAAUACAACCUCCCUUAUGACGAAGCUUUACGACUGAGCGAGGAGCUCAUGCACUCCAUGAAUCAAGCAUUAAACAUGUUCCAAGAAUGCGAGUCAAAUAUUUCUAUCUUAAGACUUGGGAAUUUGACAUUCGCCAAAUCAUUCUACAUGUUUAUCAUGCGAAGAUAUCUCCUUGUCCUUCAUCGACCAUUCUUCCUCAGUGUCCUACGCGCUCCGAAAUUUUCUUAUUCCCGCAAGGUGUGCUUGGAGUCCUCUCUGGAGAUGCUUUCCCUACUAGGACCUUCGGACCAUCUGGAAACAGGGCCGUCUUCAUGUAUAGGCCAACUGGGUGGGGGAAUGUACCGGGAUGAGUUCUUUCACGCAGCCAUUACGAUCUGUGUGGAACUCAGUAUACAAGCGGAUGAACAAUCGCGAUCAGUGACAGCAUUUGAGACACCACGUACAGGCACGCUGACCGACAUGGUUCAAACACAGCAAACAGUUCUGGUAACGGCUGUCGAACGUACCAUGGAUGCUCUUGGGAGUCGCAUUUCAUCAGAUGGGAAUGGAUGUAAACCAUUUUUCUUCCUCACAAUGGUCUUUGCAUCGGUCAAAGCCCGAUUGAAAGGAGAGGAUCCCCUGAAGAAUGUCGAGUAUCUUUCGAUGAAGGCGGUGCGCGAAUGCCAGGAUAUCAUGAAAGGGGUGUCAUGGAAAGAGAUUCGAAAACAAGAUGAAAUCUCACAGGUCUGUGCCGUGUUUUGCUGCUGUCUAUCCUGACUAAUUUAUAUCAGCCUUUGCAAGCAAAUUUGGAAUCUGCUACGUCUGACAUUGGGUUUGAUCCUACUGCACCUUUGUUUCCAG